CCCAGGUUAGAUCCAUAUCGUUUAACGCGCAUAUUUUACUGUUGGUCUUUGGAAACGGGCUUUGAAACUGCUUUGCCUAUCUGAACUGAUCUCUAACCCCUCGUAUCUCGUUCGUUACUAUGGCUGGCCCGCAAAGGCCUGCCUCUGGCCUACCUACAAGGAAGACGGGCAUCCGCCAACCCACUCGGCGAACUCGUUCUGCGAUACCAGAAAAAUCAGAAUCAGCAGUAGGAGCUAAAUCUUCAACUGCAUUACGCGCACUGAAAUCACCAGCACUGAAAUCACCAGGAGAACAGUCUAACGCAGGCGCGAAAAGGAAAGAAAGGGACUUUGAACGUGAACUGGGCCAGGACACUAGUAUCCAUGUCGUGGUUCGAUGUCGAGGACGCAGCGACCGUGAAAUUAAAGAAAACAGCGGGGUGGCAGUUGUGACAGAAGGGGUCAAAGGGAAGACUGUGGAAUUGUCGAUGGGGCCCAAUGCGAUCUCCAACAAAACUUAUAACUUUGACAAAGUUUUCUCACCGGCUGCAGACCAAGUCCUUGUCUACGAAGACGUUGUCGUUCCGAUUUUAAAUGAGAUGCUCGCCGGAUAUAACUGUACCAUUUUCGCAUAUGGACAAACAGGGACUGGGAAGACAUACACAAUGUCCGGUGAUAUGACAGACACAUUAGGAAUUCUGUCUGACAACGCUGGUGUUGCCCCGCGCGUACUCUAUUCCCUAUUCCACAAGCUCGAAGACACUGAGAGCACUGUGAAAUGCUCUUUUAUUGAACUGUAUAAUGAAGAGCUAAAAGAUCUGCUAUCAGUAGAGGAAAAUACGAAGCUGAAGAUCUUCGAUAAUGAAUCGAAAAAGAGCCAAUCUAGCACGAUGGUCCAAGGGGUGGAAGAAACAUAUAUCGACUCUGCGUCUGCCGGUAUCAAGCUGCUUCAAAAGGGCAACGUCAAGCGCCAGGUGGCUGCGACGAAAUGCAAUGACCUCAGUUCACGAAGUCACACAAUAUUUACAAUUACUGUCCAAACAAAGCGCACGACGGAAUCUGGAGAGGAGUACGUCAGUUCUGGGAAGCUAAAUCUGGUUGAUCUGGCUGGCAGUGAGAACAUUCAGCGUAGUGGCGCUGAAAACAAACGAGCAGCUGAGGCUGGAUUGAUCAACAAGAGCUUGCUCACCUUAGGCCGAGUAAUCAAUGCCUUGGUUGACAAGAGUCAACAUAUUCCGUACAGAGAAUCUAAGCUUACUCGGUUGCUCCAAGACUCUCUGGGAGGGCAUACCAAAACUUGUAUUAUCGCCACAAUCUCACCAGCCAGAACUAAUUUGGAGGAAACGAUGUCCACUUUGGAUUAUGCAUUCAGGGCCAAGAAUAUCCGUAACAAACCACAAACUAAUCCUUCUAUUUCCAAGAAGACUCUCUUGCGGGAAUUCACUACUGAAAUCGAGAAGCUCAAAAGUGAAUUGAUUGCGACAAGACACCGCAAUGGCGUGUAUAUGACGCCGGAGUCAUACGAAGAGAUGAUCAUGGAAAAUGAAUCUCGAAAAAUUGUCAAUGAGGAACAACGAGCAAAGAUUGAGUCGAUGGAAGCAAACCUUCGCCACAAGGUACAGGAGCUAUUCACAUUGACGAGCAAGUUCAACAACCUCAAGAAGGAUAAUGAAGAAACUCGGGCGGCUUUAGAUGGAACAAAUGAUGUUCUUCGCCAGACUGAGAUCGUCUUAACGAACACGAAGAAAGGCCUGGAACAAGAAGAAAUGUUACGAAAGGCCCACGAAGAGACCGAAUCGCAACUCUACGACAUUGGCACCAAUCUCUUAUCUACCCUUGACACAACAGUCGGUGAUGUCAAUGGAUUGCAUGAGAAAUUGGAGCGGAAAACCGAGCUUCAUGCAUUCAAUCGACAGACGUGGCAAGCUUCCUCGACCGAAGUUGCUGACGUUACUAAGAAGAUCGAUGCCAGGGUGGCAAAGUUUCAGGAACAACAUUUGGAGCUACUUGACCACAUUUCAAAUAAGAUCAAUGGAUUUCUGGGUGAUGAGCUGGGCUAUGCUCAGACGAGUCGGUCGCAACUGCAAGAAUUUGCUUCAUCAUUUCAAAGAAUAGAAUCUGAGGCCAGACGCCAGACAUCCGGGGCUCACGAUGAAAUGAACAAUGUUCUCGAGGAGAUCAAGUUCUUGCGUGAAGAGGUCAAGACAAAAGUAGGAGAGGGGCUGAAUGGUCUAUCUGCAGCCGCGGCUCGCAUUUCUAAAGAAGUCAUUGGCGAGAUUACGACCUUCCAUAGCCAGCUUCAUGACUCCUACAGUUCUCUUGGUAAAGACCUCAAGUCAAUAUUUGAAAACAUGGUUGGACAUUUAGAUUCCCAGAGGUCCGAAAUUCAUAAGCUUCGACAACAGUUACAAGCAACAAACCGUGAUACUGUAGAAGCUAACCGGACGGCUUCUUUUCACCUGGCCCAAGUCCUUGAAGAGGAACAUGCGGAUGCUGAGGCUGAACAUAACAUCCUCCUGUCGCAAAUAAAGGAGCUGAUGGAGGAGUCUCGCAAAAAGCAGUUCAGGCGGUUAAAAGGCAAAUAUGACGGCAUACGUACUGGUAUCUUGUCCUCGACCGACUCCCUGGAGCAGGCAACGGCGCAGUACGAUCGACAGGUUGAUGAAUGGGUUUUCAAGGAUGAGCAAUUUGCGAAGGACGUGACCGCGUCCAGGGAUGAGAUAAAAGCAAAGAUGCAGGAUGAUUGGCAGGUAAGCUUUCAUUUCGCUUACCAUCAUGUCAGAAAUUGCGCUAAUUAUGUAGUUGUUUGAUCAACGCAACGCGUCUAUUCAACGGGCGACACAGUCUGUGCAUGAGGAAACGGUCCGUAUUGUCGAUGCGCAAAUGAAAGACAUGUCGAAGCAAAUGGGUGCCUUGGAUGAUUUUGUCACUAAGGCACGGUCUCGGAACGGCGUCUUCCAUGAAGCACAUUUGAAUAGCUUGAAUUCGCUAUCCAGCAAUGUCCGUCAAUCGUAUGGUACUUUCAACAAUCAGUUGGAUCAGUUCGGCGGUCGUAUUUGCCAGUUGCGGGAUACUUUUUCCGAACAGUCUGAAGCUGCCCGCGAUUCGAUUGCUCCUUUAUCGGGUGAGGUUCGCGGACCGCUUUCAGACCUAGGCAUCAGCAUUACAAAUCGAAGCAUGAAAGAAUACACAGCUACUGGGGAGACGCCCCAGAAGACACAAUAUCACUACCCCAAGACUUUGCCCCGGACUGAACAACAUGAGAGUUUGAUCGCCAGGAUGAAGAAUGCCGAAGAGCUCAGUCUUCUACCUUUCAGCGGGGUGGACCAAUUCUCUCCCGUGAAGAAACCUCGUCAUGUUUCCUCACCUUUAAAGCCAUACGUGUACAAUGAUGGCGAGGAAGAGGUAGGGAAGCUUCCACCUCCCACCCCCAUAGCCACUUCUUCCAACACGGGACUUAGGGAAAUCGAUGCAAACGUCGCCGGACCAAUCGCGUCUAGUACGGCAGCUGAUGUCUCCGUGGCUUUCCCACCGCUGUUGCCGACGGCGUCGGGCAGCCCGGAGGAUGAUCUCAGCAGACCUCCUCUAAAGCGCCAUUGUUCCUCUACUGCCAUGGCUGAAAGCAAGUUACCUCAUAAAGCAGCCACGAGACGCCUGGCUGGUGUGUCGGGAGGCAGGGAAAAUAUUCCGAUCCCGACUCCAUCACGAGGGCAGAGAAUACGGCACCGGCCCAGUGCUUAAACAGUCGACUAUUGUGCUUCGCAUGCUGUUCCCUUUUCUUGUUAUUUGGCCCGACGGCCUUGGGGAGGGGGGCAGUGCAGAUUAUACUCAUUAGUUCUUGUAAUAAUUAUGGAGUACUGGUUUAGUUUUGGUGUUGAGGAGGGUUCUUAAUAAGGAUGGAGCAGGUUUACGUACGGGUUGUCCGAGUCUAUUCUUGGACUAUUGCUGUUUUUGUACAUUCUCAUUUAUUCCUGGCGUAUGUGGGUUGUCUUGUACUCGCUUUUCGGUUUUUGUACCUUGCGUAUUUGCUGGAUUUUCUCUGCCUCUGGGGCUUCGGUAUAGUUCUGGAACUAAUGCCAACUGUGGCGUGUAUCGUACAGAAUACCCUGUUUGCUUUUGCUAAUACAAUUCGUUGAAGGCGCAUGAAUUCUUUCCUUGGAUAGCCGGACAGCAUUUUGAUGCGAGGCUCGCCAACAUCUCUAUUUCAAAUUACGACUUUCAGGCACUCUGACCAGUAUCUGCCACCAUUACUACCCUAUUUAGGGGCGCAGGACUCCCCCCAGCCUCUGCUUCCAACAUUGCCGCCGGAGCUGGCGCUAUUGUUGGUUCUCCGCGUCGUUCCACCCCCCCAUCUUUUCACCCACCUCGAUAACUCUUCUCAAUUCUUUCAUUCGCUUCGAGAACUGAUCCAUCAUUUCCUCUAGUCUCUGGCUACCUUUAUCUCUUCCCACAAGAUUGCUCGGCGGCAAACCAGACGUACCGAGAAUCUUGAGCAUCAAGCCACGCUGGCCCUGUCCAUGUUCCUGCCCUUGUGUUUCAUCGGAGACGUUAUUUUCAAACGUCGGCGCGGGAACGAGCUGUGUAUCCAGGACUUGCCAUUUGGGGGUGAGACUGUAGGCGGAUGUCACUUUGAAUUGUUGUUGCUGAGGCAGGGGAUGGGCAGCUGACACUGCAGCUGGGGAUGUAGAUAUGGAUCUUGUUCCCCCUUGGUCUGCCGUACCAGCACUACCAGCACCAGGGACAUUGUCAGUGGUUUCGGACGACACAGGCUCGACGUCAAGUAUUACAUAAUUUUCCCUUACUCCCGGGAUGGGCGGAGGGAGCAAUGACUUCUUCAUUGAAUUUGAUGAUGCGGAUCUGGAGUUUUCCUCGUCCAUUUGUGUCCCGUCUAGGCCCACUUCAUGAUGCUGCUGAUGUCGGUGCGUUCCCGUGUCUUUCGUGGAGGACUUUUGGCUGUCUGGUCGGCUCGUUUCAAGUGCCCGCAAGGCUGCCUCGGUGACGAUUUCCGCGUCAUCAUCGGAGAAUAUGUAGUGGACUGUUGGAUGGUAGUAUUCGGAGCUAUUCUCGUCUUCGAUUAGGGUGAAGAACGGCUGGAAUGAUGAGGGAGGGUAGGUGUCGAUAUGAUGAUCGGUGGCAUCGUGAGGAUCCUCUAUUAUAUCUUCUCUAUUAGUGUUUUCUCUGUCGUUAUCUGAAUCGAAGUGGAAGAUCUUGUGUUCCGCUGCAUCCUCGUAGGAGUGUUGCUGCUGCGGUUGUAGUCUGUUGGUGUCCACGUCUGUCUGGGUGCGUCUGCUGAUGUUCCGGGGAAGGGAUCCAGAUGGUGUUCCGGUUUGGGCCCUUCGAAUGGGAGGUUUCAGAGAUGAGGAGGAGGGAGCAGGGGUGAAGAUAGGACGAUUGGGAAGAGACAUGUCAGUUGCGUGGAUACAUGGUUGUCGCUGGAAGGAAGA